AUGAAAGCAGGCAUAAGAGGCAUUGGUAGAAAAGGCUGGCUUUCAGGCAUCGAUGAUCAUCAGGAAACUGAUGUUCACUACCGAUCAUUGGAUGGCGAAGGGAACUUCAAUUGGCGCUUCGUCUUCCCAUUUCUAUUCUUGCCUGCGGAAAAUAUGGUCGUCAUCCGAAAGAAGGAACACUUCUGGUCUCUAGACGAAACAGAGCAACGGAUUCCUCCCUCCUUAAUCAUCCAAAUCUGGGACAAUGAUAGCUUCUCUCCAGACGACUUUCUGGGCACCGUUGAGUUGAAUCUUUCGGGAAUGCCUUCUCCUGCAAAAAAAUCGAAGAAUUGCAACUUGGAGAUGAUGCGUAGCUCAGGAAACACGAAAAAACUGAUGAAUAUUUUUGAUUGCCGCCGAGCAUACGGCUUCUGGCCGUGCAGUAAUGAUGAGUCGGGCACGCCAGUGUUAACUGGCAAGGUGGAACUCGAACUGGAGCUUCUCACGAAAGAGGAAGCGAUUCAGCGCCCUGCUGGCAGAGGUCGUGAUGAUCCGAACGAGAACCCACGUUUAGAUCCGCCCAAGUGA